GGCUGGAACAUUUUCGUUUGUUGACUGUAGUACAGUGACAGCAACACGAAGAAAUUCGCCAUGGCGGUAUGCUAGGCGAGUUCGGCCGGCUAGCUCAGCUAAGCCAGAACGCCACCGCACAGCUUCAGCUCGGAGACCCUUUCAAGGAGGCAGCCGACCUCAAUGAAAGUCAAUGGGACGAGGAUGAGGCUGGCGACGUGCUUAACGAAACCUCUUGGGAUGAUGAUGAGGAUGGUGAGGAUGAGGAGCGCGAGAAUGGGUUCGAGAUGCCUUUGAUUGCUCUUCCCGCAAUUGGCGCGGCCCAGAACAAGCUGCGAGGUUCUUGGGGCUGCUGCAGCUCUUUCAAGGGGACGUUUAGCCCAAGCACGGCCCGAUUGCAAUAUGAGAGUUGCUUUUCCUUGACCUACUACGGCCGUUUGAUUUGCUUCGGAAGCAUGGUCCCGGGCAACGUUGGUAGUUUGGGAGUUGGCUCUCCCCUCACAUAUGCUUUGAGCUCAGGAACGGGCAAGUCAGCAACUGGAUUGUAGUUCUUUGUGGAAUUACCUUUCACCGAGGUGGUUGGCUGCAGACCCAGGAACAGCAACACGCCUUGUGGUGGCAAAGCCCCAUCUCCAGCAUCACCUCAACGUCGAUCUUUGCGACGUCUUCAUCCUGAUGGUCGGCGUCGUGGCACCCUGGGCAAUGUUUUCCGGUGAGGUGAUCGUCUGGGGUCUUGUCACUUUGGGCAGCAAAGAGCUGCCGAAGUUCGUAUAGUUUGCCACGUCCUCCGCAAGUUUUAAUUUGGUUUUGGAUGUUUUGGAUGUUUGGGUUCCAAGCGACUUGAACAGUGGCUAAACGGGUCGAACUCGGUCCCUUGGCCUACUUGGUAACAGCUGGCGAUCAUUUGCUGCAAAGUGGAAG